AUGUUAGGCCGACGAUUACCGUCGUUCGUCGAACGCGCGAACGCGUUUUGCUCCUCGAAUACCAACACCACCACCGCGACGACUCGAGAGGCGAAGAUCGCGACGACGGAAGGAGAAGGAGAAGAAGACGAGGACGACGAAAGCGCUUUGGAUAUGAUUUCGUCGCGCCGAUCGGACGACGACGAUGCGCGCGUCGAAGACGACAAAGAGGAGGAAAGGCGCGCGACGCGAGGAAAAGAAGAAGUAAGAACAAGAAUAAACGAAGACUUUGACAAAACCAACAGCGGGAACGACGCGUUUCGCGCGACGGAAACGACGACUCUUGAGAAGAAGAAGAAGAAGAAGAAUCGAGCGCGAGGCGUUUCCUCCUCCUCUCCUAUGUUGGAAGCGUUGACGGAAGAGUUGAUCGCUUCGCUCCGUCCGUCGAAACAAUCGGAAAAGAGACGACGAAUGGUGUUUCGGAAGAUGGAGUCGUUAAUCCGCGAGUGUUUCGAGAAAGAAUUCGAGGGAGAGGGAGUGAACGAGAAAAAGAAUACCAUCGUGGUUUCCGCGUUUGGUUCGGUGCCGUUUGGGACGUACUUGCCGGACGGGGACAUCGACGUGUGCAUAUUAGGCGAUCACGAGGUUUUGGAUUCGCAGUCGUGGCCGGAACGGUUGAGCGCGUUUAUAGCGAGGAAGGAACGCGAGGAGAAGAAGAAACGGACGAUGAGGAUGACGACGACGAAGAAGAAGAUGGAGAUGAAGAAAGAGAAGAUGAAGAAUGCGACGAGAACAACAACGAAAGAAGAAGAAGAACAAGAAGAAGACCAAGAAGAAGAAAGUCAAGAAGAAAACCACGAAGAAGAAGAAGAAGAAGAAUACCUCUUAGAGGUGAAAGAUAUCGUGGUGAUUCACGCGGACGUGCGUUUGUUGAAGUGCGUCGUCGACGGCAUCGUCGUCGACGUGAGCGCCAAUCAAUUCGGAGGCUUGGCCACGCUGGCGUUUUUAAAAGAAGUGAACUCGAAAAUCGGGAAGAACGAUUUAUUCAAACGAUCGGUGAUUCUUGUGAAAGCGUGGGCGUUUUACGAAUCGCGGAUAUUGGGCGCGCCGUACGCGUUGUUGUCCACGUACGCGUUGAAGACUUUAAUCAUUUGCGCUUUGAGAAGAUUUAACAAAAAGGAGUCAAAGUCUGAUGCGACUAAAACGAAGAAGAGAGAAAUCGCGACGCCGUUGGACGUUUUGAGAAUAUUUUUUGAAUACGUGUCGGAUUUUCCGUGGGAAACGCACGCGGUGACCAUCUUUGGUGACGUUCCGGUGGAGAAGUUGGACAAGGUUUCCGUGAGAGAGUUUAGCAGCAGCAGCAAGAGCGAGAAAAAUAAAAACAAAAACAACGACGACGAAAGAGAAGAAAAGGAUGACGAAGAAGCGGAAGAAGAUCCUUUAUUGGACGAUACCUUUGUGGAUACGAUUUUGAAGUCGUACGGACCAGAUUCGCGACCGGAUGCGAACGUCUUGUUAAACAUAGGGAACGGCAAGAAAGCUCCGUUUCGACGACGCGCGAUUGGAGCGAAGCAUUUGCACAUAUUAGAUCCGCUAUCCGAGACGAACAACUUGGGGCGAUCGGUUUCGUUGGGCAACUUCGCGAGAGUUCGAGCGGCGUUCCGAUUAGGCGCGGAACGGUUGAAACGAUUAGAGAUGGAAUCGGAACCUGAAAACAUCACGAGAGGGUUCGAAUAUUUUUUCAAAGUCGCCUUGGCGAACCGAGGUGGGAAGCUCGCGAGCUGCGUCGGAGACGACGACGAGAAGUUUACCGGGCCACCUGCCUCGCCGCCGCAGGCGACGAACGCUUUACACAAGAGAAAACCAUCGCUCGGUUCGUCUUCGCCGUUUCAUUCGCACUCCGUCGCGGACGAUUUAGUGGCGCUGAAGUCGCCUUGUAAAUCCAAAGAGUCGCCGAUCGGGAAAGAAAAGAUUUCGAACGAAGAAGAUAACGAGGAAAAGAUUCGCCUAAUGCUCGACGAGGAAGAAAAGGACGCGCACGGGGAGAGAGGUUUGUUUUGGGGUCGAUGGGAUGGACCUGCCACGUCGAGCGCUUUGCCGAGAGCGCUAUCCUCGGCUGAAGCGAGAGUGGAGAUUUCUAACGCGCGCGACAAAGCGAAGUCAUCAUCGUCGAGUGAUUCGAUGUCGCCGCCGGGUUCGGACGCGUCCUCGCCGGUUGUUUCACCGCCGCGAUCGGAAACGGGUGAUUCUACCACGGAUUCCGCGGAGUAUUCCGGAGACGAUACGAAGUCGAUGAUGUCGCUUGGGUCGGACAGUAACGCGACGGCGUCUUCGAGCGGAAGCAUGCCGCCGCACUCGCCGUUAUCGCCUUUGGAUAAAUACAUGUCUGCGGCAGCGUUCAAGACGGCAUCCAUACCGCCAUCGAUUGAAGAGUCGAAAGAUAUCAUCACGGGUUGCUUGGAAACCAUUCACAAGCACCUGAACUUUGGCAUCGAAAUGCAACGAUUGGCGAUUGAGCGACAAAACGCGGCGUUGAACAGCGCGAUGAUGAUGAACAAACGCAAUAAUAUGAGUAAUAACGUUGUCGCGCAACCUCCGCCAUUACCGUCCUCGCCGCCGCGAAGUAGCAACGUUGCUUUCGUACCUUUAAUGCCGUCCAUGCCGCCGCCGCCUCUGCCGCCGCCGCCGCCGCAUCCGCCGCUACCGCCGCAUUCUGUACCACAACCAAUUACUACGGUUUCGGCGCCGUCUGUUGUCGUUCCGAGAUCUGUCGUUAAUGUUCCCGCGCCGCAAGCGAGAACAAAGACACCUUCGAUGAACGUUCGACCAAAGCCGAAUCUGAUACCGCAGGCGACGACGAAGACGACGACGACGACGAAGACUAUUCCAACUGCUCGAGUGCCAUCGAUGAAUUGGAAAGUCGCGUGUGGCAACUCGAAUUCGUCGUCCGCGGCAAAUACGCCGACGAGAAAUACGACGAACGCGGAACCCGCGGCGGGAAGCAACGUGAACGUCGUUUCGGCGAAACUCAUGGAGCAUCAGUCUCGAGACGCUCUCGAACACGAACGGGCGUUGAAAUCGUCCUCCGAUAACUCCAUCACCACGGGGAGAAACGGCGACCAAAACGCGUCCAUGGUGGAAACCGUGGCGUGGGUCCACGUCGCUCGCGGUGGUGCCGCUCGUCAAGCGCGAUCGAGCAUCGAUAACGAAGACCUGUUGUCGAAGAAGGAGCAACCGUCCACUCCGUCGCCGGAGGAGAAAAAAAUGAAGAAGACUGGUAAAAUGUGGGGCGCGAAGGAGAAGAAAAAAGCGAAAGCGGAAGAAGCCGCCGCCGCGGCGGCGGCUUUAGUCAACGACAAGCUCGCGCACGAACGCGACGAUAUCGAGCGAGAACUCUCGAAAGGUCACUCGUCUCCCGCUCGGUGCAAAUCGGUACCUUUACAACCUUCUUGGGGGCCGAAAGGCGCCGUGUGUUUAGACACGCUAAGAAAAGUUGCCGAGAAGAAGACGACGACGACGACGAGCAAGAAAAUCUCGCCGCCAGGUUCGGUUCUUAGCGAAGACGGCGCACCACCUUGCGUCACUUUCGACGACUCCGAGGUCCAAAUCGCUUUAGAGGCGGCUCAAACAUCCUCGAAAGGCGUCUGGGCCGGCGACGAACAACAACAACAACAACAAGACGCCUCCUCUUUCUCCUCCUCCUCCGCGCGAAACCGCCAGAAAUCCAAAAGCGCCAACAGCAGCCCUUCGCGAAACAAGACGAGAGAAAAGAACAAAAACAUCGCGCCUGCACCGGAAACGUCCUGCGAAAAAAGCUUCCCGAAAUUCGGAAACGCUUCGAAAACGACGACGAUAAAAACAAACGCCAAAAUCAUCACCGCCGAGAGGAGCGUCGCAAACGCCGACGCUACGAAAGACACCAACCAAAACGCGAAAACUUCGCAAACUUCCACGCGAUGCUGGGCUUCUCUCCUUUAA